CGUCCACGUAUCUGGACAUGCAAAACAUAUGAUUUCAUCGCAGUAAACAAAGUGUUCGUCCAAGAGAAAGAGAUUACUUCUGUAACGCAAUUUCCCAACUCUCAUAGGCUUCUGAAUAAAUUCUGAGAUGCCCCUCCUCUACAGUGUCAUUGCUCGGGGCACAACAGUACUGGCCCGCUAUGCCACCUGCGCUGGGAACUUUGCAGAGGUCACGGAACAGAUCCUAACUAAGAUAGCACCUGGGGAGACGGGUAGGCUCACCUACUCUCAUGCUUCCUAUCUCUUCCAUUACGUGGCGCAGGAUGGAGUGGUGUACUUGUGCAUUACAGAUGAUGAAUUCGAACGACAGCGAGCUUUCCUUUUCCUCGAAGACAUUAAACAGAGGUUCCAGGCAACCUAUGGCAGCCGAGUUCACACCGCACUUCCCUAUGCCAUGAACAGUGAAUUUGCUCAGGUACUGGCCACGCAGAUGAAGCACUACACAGAAUCUAGGGACAUUGACAACAUCUCACGCUUGCAAGGGGAAGUCAGCGAUGUGAAGGACAUUUUAGUGAAGAAUAUUGAAAGCUUGGCCAGUAGAGGAGAGAGACUUGAACUACUGAUCAACAAGACAGAGAACCUCAACACAUCAGCAGUAACUUUUAAGACUACAAGUCGAACCUUGGCACGAAGCCUAUGGUGGAAGAACGUUCGCAUCAUUUUAUUCAUAAUCUUAGGUGUAGGGGCAAGCAUCUAUAUAAUUGGAGCUAUGAUCUGCGGCCUAGCAUGGCAAAACUGCCCUGGACAGUAGAACAAAGCAUAUAGAACUUGUUUACAGAUUAAGGCCUAUACAACUUCAGAAGUGUUAGAGACAGCAAAGGUGUCAAAGUUGCCAAAUUCUGCUAUUUUUCACCAUAGAUAUUGUCUCAAAACUUCUGUGUGGGAAUGCUACCUUGUAUUUAAUAGCAAGCAAAAAUCUUCAUAUGAGAUUUUUGAUAUUUAUAGAAAGAACUUGUAAUACUCCAUGUGAGAGGGUCUAUAUACUACAUCUACAUGGAAUCAUAAGUAUGUUCUUAUUAAACACACCUGUUUUUAUUUUGUCCGUCUUGAUUAUCUUUUUUGUAACAGUAAUGCCACUAUUUUUCAUACAUGUCAUGAUCACUUUAAUGUAGUUUUUUUCUGAGGUAUGAUAUAAAGUAUAUAUUGAAGUCAUAUUUAUACUCUUUAGGAUAUGUUGUAAAUUUGUCCAGUAUUAUUGAAUUUUAUAGUUUUACGUAGAUAGGAUUCUUCAUUCUCCCUGUUUGACCAAGCCCCAACACUUGCACUAGCAAGAUCUGUUGCCAGUAGAGUUAUAGUAUGUGCUUAGAGUGUAUAUUGGUAUGUGAGGAAAGAAUUUGUGUACUUAGAAUAUUUGAAAGUGUGCAAAGAGAAUCUCAGAUGAGGGAUCUUUAUAAAAGGUGACCCUGUUGUGCUCCAUCAGACAAAUGCGGAGGUAUGGGUAUAUGUAUGUGAAUGGACUUCUAGAAUGCUGCUAAUGUUUUAAGAGUGGCAACUACAGUUUGUUGAUUACUUCUGGCUUCACUGUAUUGAUUAGGACAAUUGGUAAUGCCAUGUUUACUUGAGUAAAUUUCUUCUGUGAGUUUUAUUGUCCAAGUUUGGAUGAGAUAGAUACAGCAUAUAUAUUACAAAAGUAUAGGAUUUACUAUAUCUAGAAGAAGAAUGUAUUUUUUUUUUUCCAAUGUGAUUACAGCUUCUGUAAAUGUUAGUUUAAAAGGUUUGAUAAAUCUGGAAAAGAUUUUGGUGCGCAGAUUCAUCCAUAUUUUUGUUGGAAAAUAUUUGUGACUACAUUUUCAUUGUGCUGUGCAUGCUUAUAUAUAACAUUAUCUUUUUUUUUUCAAGUUAUAUUUUCUGUGAUAGUAUUCAUAACAUUUGUAAAGUUAAUCUAGUAUUUUACAAUAAGCUUUUUCAUCUUGGAUUUGAAAAUAUCCAUUACAAUGAGUCAAGCAUAUGAUGAACUAGCAUAACACUUUCAUAUUUCUUUUUGAAUUCUCUUUCUUUCUGUACCAUUGUCUGCAAUUAUACGUCUAAUUUUCUUUUGUGUUAUACAUACUACAAAAUGUAACUAAGUUAGCUUAAGGAGUUUACAAGUUUUCAAGAGCACCAGAUAUGUCACAAGAUGAUGUCAAAGCACCGCCUGGCGAACGCUUUUUUUUCUCUUGCUUGUGUAAUUUUUACAGAAUCCAGAAGCUGAUUCCUAAAAGUGCCUUAUUAAGAUAUAUUGCAGAUUAUUCCAUUAAGGAUAGCUUAUAUACGCAUUGUAUUUAAUAUGAAUUAUAUAAUAUAUGCAUUUCAGCAUGAUUCUUCCUCUGCUAAUUUCUUUUUCUUCACCAUGUACUUUGUGAUAUCUUUGGUCAUGACACUGAGUGUAUGCUGUAAUUUUUUGUGUAUAUAUAAGUGUUUCUUGAUUA